UGAAACAGUACUCUCUAAAUACUUAUAUAUACUGUGGCUUAAAAGUAAAAACGAAGAUUGUUCUGGAGGUUCUGGAUUUACCAAAUCAUUUAAAAUUUAUUUUAUUUAGAAAUAAUGUCGUAGUAAAUUUAUAGUUUAUGAAGCCUGCUCAAGGGUGUGUUAUUCGCGUUUCCUAGAAAUUUUACCAGGUGAAACUAAAGUUUUAAAUAAAAAUAGUACCUAUUAACAAAAUUAAUAAAUCAUCGAAACCUAAUAAUUUCUGAAUAUACAUGCGUGUACAAAAUCUCUAGAUUAUCAUUUAUAAUAUGCCACUAAAAUCAUGUCAAUUGCUUAAUGCUUAGUACGCUAUUGUAUUGAAAAUCGUUGACCCGGGGAAACAAGAAAGUAUACAUACAGUAAAGUGGUACAUUGUUGUAACUUGUUCAACUUAGUAUUUACAUGGAUAUCAAAAAAACCAUAAUUUACUCUACAAGUAAACACACCAACUGCUUAUUUUUUAAAUAAAUAGCAACCUGAAAGAAAAACGAAAUGUUUUGUUGGGGAAAUGCAACUCACCAUGAACUGUACAUUGAGAAUUCAGAUAGCAUGGGCAUGGUCAUUAGGCCCACACUUUCUAAAUGGAAAGAAAGUAAACAUAUAAAAUGUGUAGCGGCUGGUGACUUCCAUACUCUUUACUUGACAAAACUUGGGCAUCUAUAUUCUCGUGGCUGUAAUGAGCUAGGACAACUUGGUAAGCAAAUUGAAAACAACAAAGACAAACCUCCAGACAUCGAAAUAAUUUUAAAAUCAAGUACAAUAUCAGCCAUAGCCUGUGGAUCACAACAUUCAAUGGCAUUGGACGAGUGGGGUCAAGUCUUUAGUUGGGGCUCGGAUAAUUUUGGGCAGCUCGGUAGCAAUCUCGGGGUUUAUACUCAAGAUCAACCUAAAAUAAUUAAGUUCCUAGCAACAAAAAAUGUUAUCCAAAUCGCUUGUGGAUUUUAUCAUUCAAUUGCUUUGACUAAUAAUGGUGAACUUUAUGCCUGGGGUGCAAAUACAUAUGGUCAGUGUGGUUUAGGUACCAAAUCAAACAAGGAAACCACACCACAACAAAUUAGUUCCCUAGUUGGCAUACCUAUAGCGAUGAUUGCUUGUGGUGGGAACCACACUUUCGCCUUAUCAAAGUCGGGUGCAGUAUUUGGUUGGGGCAAGAACAUGUAUGGGCAGUUAGGGUUGCAGGAUAGAGAAAACAGAUGUUAUCCAACACAUUUAAAAACUUUAAGAAAUGUAAAGGUAUGUCACAUAUCAUGUGGUGAAGAAUUUACUACAUUUCUUACUCUCGAUGGAGGCGUGUUUUCAUGUGGAACUGGAGAAUAUGGACAGACUGGCCAUGGAACUACGAAAGAUGAACUAGUUCCGAAAAAGGUGAUGGAGCUGAUGGGCAGCACGGUGACGCAGGUGGCGUGCGGGCGGCGCCACGUGCUGUGCCGCGUGGGCGAGCGCGUGCUGGCGUGCGGCCACGGCGCGCGCGGCCAGCUGGGCUGCCCGCACGCGGCCGUGGCGCUCGUGCCCACGCCCGUGCCCUUCGCGCCGCACGACGACGAGCCGCCAAGGAAGAAAUCCAAGGUGGAGAGUUCCACGCCAUUCCGUAAACAUCAUGGUGCCGGCCCAUCCAAACCUAAUUUUACAAAGAAUGGAUUUAACGGCCCCGUAAAAGUAUUCGCGGGAGGAGAUCACAGCUUCUUGACUGUAAGCAGCGACAGAAAUGAAACGGUUGAUUUUAGGAUCCCCGACCCUACGAAGCAGAUACUGACACUUAACUUUGCUAAACUUACAGCUUGUAACAUUGUUAAAGAUAACGACGUCGUGAGUCAGGAUUUAAUGGCUUAUUUGGAGACGGUGUUCGGAUCGCUGGCUUGUAUGAAUGCUUCAUUUUUGGCGGAUGAUAAUGCCCAUUUUGGUUGCAAUACGAAGGUCCCGGGGGUCAAUUUAAAGAAAGCAGAAGAAGCUUUUACUUUAAUUAGUCGAUUUGAAAACAAAACAAUACAGGAACUUAUAUUUAGUUACUUGACCGAAUAUAUCAUAAAAAAAGUGAAGGUCUCUCCGCCUGACGCUGAAGCAUUAAGGGUUUUCUUAAUUUUACCGCUUUAUCAUGAAAUGAGGAACCCGCGUCGCCAUCCGGAAUUGCAGGGUCCGUUCGCGGAGGCCUAUAACAAGCUGUCGAGUCCGCCGCAACGCAUCGUGCAGCUGUGGUGGGAGGCACAGACCCCAGAGUACUUCGAAAUGCUCGUCGAUAUAUUCAAAAGUGUGUUCGUGUACGAGAUGAUGCAACCCGGCGUACGAGCAAAUAAAAAAAUAACCUUCACUCGAAGUAUAGUCCAAAUUUUGAACACAUUGACAACGCUUAAUAAAAUUAACUUUACAAAUCCGAAGAAACCUAAAAUACCUGCAGAAUGUUUCUACAUAGAAGAUCUUUCAAGCCAUGUCGAUAUUGCUUCGGAUUAUAUAAAUUGGCUCUCAGAUCAAGAUUUAACUCACCCUCAUCUAUGUAACUACGCGUUUUUAUUCGACGUUCAAUGUAAGUCGCUCCUAUUGAAGAUAGAUCAACAGCUUCAAAUGCAAAUGGCUGUCAACCGAGCCGCCACAGAAAUAUUCACACGGCUCAUCAUAGACCCCUCGUACGAAUAUCACAGAGACCAGUUCCUCAUACUAACCGUGUCGAGGAACCACAUAGUGAGGGACACGAUGCUGCAGAUUAGUAAUCAUGACACGUCGCAAUUGAAAAAGCCGCUCAGAGUUGAAUUUGUAGGUGAAGAAGCAGAGGAUGCUGGUGGAGUUAAGAAAGAGUUUUUCAUGUUACUCCUGAAGGAAAUUUUCGAUCCUGUCUAUGGCAUGUUCAAACAAUCAGAAGAGACGAAUAUGAUUUGGUUUUCAAAUAACCCUUUCGAAGAAGAAGUUAUGUACUAUUUGAUAGGUGCUAUAUACGGGCUUGCUAUAUACAACUCGAUCAUUAUCUACGUGCCGUUCCCCCUUGUGCUGUAUAAGAAGAUACUGGGCGAGUCUGUGAUGCUGGACGACCUGUCUGACUUGUAUCCCACGUUAGCCCACAGUCUGAAGCACUUGCUGGACUAUGCAGAGGACGAUGUCGAGGAAGUAUUCAGUUUAUGUUUCGCCGUCAAUACAGAGGUGUUCGACCAAAUUCAAGUGCAUCCUUUGAAGGAGAAUGGUGAAAAUUUGCCCGUGACACAUGAAAACAAGUCAGAAUAUGUCGAUCUGUAUGUCGAUUUUCUUCUCAACAAAUCAGUAGAAAAACAAUUUAAAGCAUUUAAUCAAGGAUUUCAAAAGGUAUGCGGAGGUCGAAUAAUUAAAUUAUUUAGAUCGCAUGAGCUCAUGUCGGUUGUAAUAGGUAAUGAAGAGUACAACUGGGAGUUAUUUGAAAGCAACUGUGAAUACGAAAACGGGUAUUCAUCGACCGAUCAACAGAUCAGAUGGUUCUGGGAAGUAUUUCACGAACUGUCAAUUGAAGAUAAGAAAAAGUUCCUACUGUUCCUUACGGGUAGCGACCGCGUUCCUAUACAAGGAAUGAGGGACAUAAAGAUAAAAAUACAACCAGUAGCAGAUGAUAGAUUCUUCCCCGUAGCUCACACGUGUUUUAAUCUUCUAGAUCUUCCUCGUUAUAAGACUAAAGAGAGAUUGAAGUAUCAUCUCGUGCAAGCCAUACAACAAACACAGGGUUUCUCGCUUGUGUAAAUAAUGGUAUUUAGAAUGAUUUUAAACUAAUUACGUUUUCUUCCACAUCAUCGCAUGUAGUAAAAUUCUUGUUUUUGAUACUUGACUAUAUUGUUUAAUUAUACUUCGUGACUAACUCAAUUUGUUAUGAGAGUGCUCAUGAAACUAGACUGAUAUUUUUAUUACUUAUUUUUUAAUACAACA